AUGAACCCGUACGUGGAGGCACCCGAGAAGCAGUUCGACCCACAGAUGUACAUCCACACGUCCACUGGCAACAAGAUCAGCCGCAAAUGCACUCUCUGCGGCGCCCAUAAUAUCCACUUACGCGGCAAGACAAUUGUCAAUUCAGGAGCCAUCGUCCGGGCAGACUUAGCCAAAGUGUCGCUCGGAAAGCAGUGCAUUAUCCGAGAAAAUUGUAUCGUCAAGCCGCCGACAAGGGUCGUGUCCACAGGACUGGCUUUUAUCCCGGUGAAAAUCGGUGACUACGUGUACAUUGGCGAGGACACAGUCGUGGAGGCUGCCAUGGUCGGGUCGUAUGUGCAGAUCGGCAAGAAUUGUGUCAUUGGCAAGCGUGCGAUCAUUCGAGACUGCUGCCGGAUUGAAGACAACACUGUGGUGCCCGCUGACGCAGCCAUCCCGCCGUUCUCCAGGAUUGGUGGCAUCCCAGGGAAACUUAUCGAAGAUAUGCCAGAGGCGACGCAGGAGCUGUGCAUCGGACAGAUCAGUCGCUACUUCGAUAAUUUCACCCCGCGUGAAAAUUAACCUUCUGGGCAUAAUUCUGAUUCCCCUUUUUGCUCCAAU